UGUGAUGAUCGGGGUCGCUCGGUUCUCGUAGCGAAAUCCAGUGUUAUCUUUUUUUACAGCAUUCUGUUGAGCUGAUCAAAGACUACACCGACGUCUCCAAAUCAAAUCUUAAACAAGGUAUCUCCAAAAUGGACGUCUCGAGAUUGUAAUUAUUCUGGGGACUUCUGACGAAAAAGAAGAGAGCAAGUGAAAUGGCUGACAAAAAGACGAAACCCCCACGACCGCCUGCCCCCAACCUUGGGUCAAAAAAACGUCCUCUCCAAUCUACAGCAAUCUCUUUCCGUUACAACCCUCUGAUGGGAAGUGACGAUGAUGAGUUAAACGAAGAUGCCAAUAAAGGGAUCUCUUUUAUAACGACAAAGGCACCAACAAACAGCGGGCCUCAGCUCUCUAAAUCUCUAUCCCUUGACGGAGCUCCAUCUCUUGCCAGGACUGAGGCUAAGUCUAACAAGCAACAGCUCAGAAACUCCUUAGAUGAAAGUUACAAGAGAGGGAAAGACGCUCAAGCUGUGAAUAAAACACUUGACAGAUGUAAAGAGCAGGAGCUCAAAACCCAACCAUUGGCGUCACAUUCAAACGGAGUCGACAAGAAGAAAGGAGCAAUAGCCACAGACUUAGGGGAUGGGAAACUUGGUAAGCCAGUGAGAACAAAAAGUGGUUUGAUGAAAGUCCCCAACGCCAUUUUGAAGGAUGACCAAGAGGUGUCGGUUCUCCCGACUGACUGCGAGGAGGCCACAACAGACCCUCUUAGCUUCUUAGACAAAGUGAUGGAAGAACAACUUGAGAAACAAGCGUUAGAAGAAGAGGCAGAGUACAGAAAUAAACAAAGUCUCGCAAGUCAUCACAGAGCCAAAAGUCUUGAUAGCAGUGCGUCAUUCAAAAGCAAAGAACAAUCUGAAGAAACCUUGGACAUUGACCCUUGUUACUACACAGUCCCCGCUCCGUCAGAGCUCCCCGACGAACCAGUCAUCCCCAGACCCGUCUCGUCCGGAAGCCCGCGACUAAGACAACGAAAACCAACUCCUAAGGAUGUGAGUCUAAGUCUCUCAGGGCUUCUUGCAACAUCCAAAGAUGACACUGAAGAAGACGAGAAGGAAAUAUCUGCUUCUACGCAAAGCUCAAGGUCCACGCUAGACAGUCCUGAAGGGAAGCCAGAGUUAGUCUUGGACCCUGAACUCCAGAAAAGUCCAUCCACUCCAACAAUCAAAGAUGAAGUCCCUCAAGCAGCCGUAGAAACUCAGGCAACUUCAGGGUCUGCAGCGGUAGAUGAUGAGCUGACGACCACAGCGACGCUCAUCUUUCUCUCCCUUUUCUCCUUCAGUGUGUUUGUUUAUAAUUUCCGAUUCCCAGUCUAUCUCUACCUUCUGGAUGUCUUCUCUGGUAUGUUGCUGAUGUUUUUCUUCAUGCUGCUGUUCAUGUGGCUGACCAAGCCGAGUCGUUCCAGGUAUAGCAGAGAGGAAGUUGAUCGCCUUUGGGACGAUGAGGACAGUGUACCGCUGGUGAUUCCAGGAGUUGCUCAAUCGCCCUCUCUCCUACGAUCCAAGGAACAGAAGAAGGUUAUGCAGAAGCUAUUUGCCGAUGAGGAUGGCGCCAAGUCACAGGGAUGGAUGAACGAGCUACCUAUGACCUAUGACCCUGACAACUACCACACCAACCAGACCCAGUCGGUCUUUGUCCGCUUGGACGGCUACUCGUUGAGGCUUUCAAGACCAAAGCACAACAUUCCCCGUCGUGCUAUGUACAACGAACCAACAGUACACAAAGUUGAAUAUGUUCAUCAAAGGCACUAUGAUAUGAGAGAUAGCAAGGUUUAUCUGUUACCAAGUGGACUUGUUAAGAAACGUCUCUGGAGCAAGAAAUACCCCAUCUGCAUUGAGCUACCUAAGAAGGGCUUCUUGGUCGAACGCAAGGAAGCCCCAGAAAGAACUGACGAUUUUGACGCCAAAUCCCUGGGGUUCGACUACAUCCAGAAAGAGGAAUGCCAUGAUCGCAUCCUCUAUCUCUUUACAAGAACUAGUCGUGACAAAGAGGAAUGGUUCUGGAAGUUUGACAUUGCCUCCAAGUACGACAAGUUGGAUCACGGCCGACGCCCGAUCCAAACUCUGAAUAGAGAGGUGUUUCUGAUCGGGAACGAGAAGACCAAAGAGGGCGUCGCCCAGCAUCUUAAUCGUUCCGACCCAGAGGAUACUGCUGCCGUAAAAGGCGGAAUCGACUUCUACCGCUUCAUGACGAAAUUUAUGCCAAAGGAGAAAGACGCAAAAGAAGCCGUUACGCAGGUGGUCAACGUCAAAGCGGGGAAUGUCACCUACGCCAGCCCUGCAAAGCGUCAGCCCAAGGGGGAUGCUAAUGGACCAGGGGGUCCUCCUGUGGACUGGGUGAACGCUUUUGUUGCGAGGGUGUUCUGGGACUUCUUGAGGGAGGAGAGUUGGGCGGAAGUGGUGAAGACGAAGCUUCAGAAGAAGCUGAGCAAACUAAAGGUACCCUACUUCAUUGAGGAGUUAAAGAUCACCGGAAUCGACCUGGGAGUCAACGCUCCGCAGCUCCGUCGAGUCUCCAAGCCACGUAUGGACAGUCGCGGACUGUGGGUCGAUCUGGACAUAGCAUACAGUGGAUCGUGUAUGGUUUCCAUGGAGACAAAGGUCAACCUCUGGAGGUUGGGGAAAGGGGAGAAGUUCGACCGGGAGAUGACGGACUUGACACCAUUGAAGAAAGAAACCAAAGACAGAAAAUCCAGACGCCAAUCUCAACUAGAUGAAGCGAAGAGGCUGAUACCAGGCUAUGAGUAUGAGAAGCCAAGGAGUGCUUCCUUAGCAGCAUUAGACAGUGAAGAGGAGGAUAGUGCAGAGUCGUCCGAUGAGGAAACCGAUGAAGCUUUCAUCUCACCAGAAGUAACUCUCCCAACUACCGAAUCAGACUCCUCAAAAGGCUCAGGGAAAAUCAUGCGCCUUGUCAACAAAAUUGCCAGCUCCAAGUAUUUCCAGAGCGCUACACAAAUGAAGUACAUCAAGAAAGCAAUUGACGAGGUGUCCAAUACGCCAGUUGAACUCACGCUGGAAGUAAAGCAACUCAGAGGAAGGUUGUGUGUGAACAUUCCGCCACCUCCAACGGAUAGAUUCUGGUUUGGGUUCAGGGACAAACCACACCUGUGGCUUUCAGCUAAACCAAAGCUUGGUGCUCGACAGGUCACCCUGACUCCUAUUACUGAUUACAUCGAGAAGAAACUAGAGCUGGAGUUCCAGAAAGUGUUUGUGCUGCCCAACAUGGACGACCUCCCAAUACCCAUCAUGACGAGCAACAUAUUUGACAACAACCCAGUCUAAAUAAACCAUGCUGCGGCCAUCUUGGUUGGGGUCCCUGCUUGCAGAUGUAAUCGAACUGCUUAGAAUCAACAAACAAAAUGGGCCUGACUGCUACGUUGGUUUUAAUUAUUGAUGUAAAGACUGCGUUAACACCCCCUCCCCCCCACCCCCAAAAAAAAAUAUAUGUUAAAACUGCAAAUACUGCAUUGCUUCAGAACAUUGCAUAAAAAUAAAUGAAUGUUUUAAUCUUAUAAUUUGAUCUACACAAAGACAUUUUGAUCAUUGUGCUUCUUGUGUGCUUCUUGUAAGUGCCGACGCAAGAUAAUUAAAGAAACACAAGUUUUCCAAAUCGUUGUGGCCUUGUUGCUGAAAAGUAAAGUAUUGCUUUUAAUUUCAGUAUUUUAUAAGUUCUUUUGUACGCCUAAAGCUUGGUGUUUUAAUUUAUAUUCAGUGUUAGUGCAGUUUAGGUAUGAGUGCUGUAUUAUUCAUUAAUUGUAUAGUGUAUAUUUUUGGUAUUCUAUCUCGACCAACGAUUUUACGUUUAUUUCUUACACGAAAUUAUAAACUAGAUUAAAACACUGUCUAGUACAAUAACCUGCUAUAAUUUACUGCUAACAUUUGACUAAUGACAGAGUUGCUACAUCGCAUGAUUCUGUGCAACCGUUUGCAUAGAAUAACAAAGUAAGCUACAGAGCAUGUGUCCAUACACAAUUUUGAAUGAAUGCGUAUGGCACAAUAACUAAACAAGUUAUUACAUUAUUCAAAUCUGAAUCACCAUUUUUAUUCAUCCCAAUUCAAAGUUUAAUUUGUCUAUAUUGCUGGGAUGAAAACAAAAUCUACAGUAUUUUUGCUUUGCUUUUGAUUUAUUGUUUGUGAUAACAAUUCAACUGAAGACAAGAUUCUACGCCGUUUCACAUGAAAAACAGAAAUCAAAUCUGUUAUUUAAAAAAAUCUUAAUUUUUGAUGCACAAUAAUUUAUUAAUUUGUUGCCUGAGUUCAAGAACUCUAGUUUUGAUGCACAAAAUAUAGUUAAAAAUCACUCAGUAGGCCUAUUAACUAUCCCUUGACAUUCUGGAGACACAAUAACACACAUCUCAAUUUAAAUGUUUCCACUAUCACGGUUGUCUUUUUUUGUCACCGUUUUUCCGUCCCGAUGACUGUGUUUGAGCAGUUCCAUUAGGCCCCGCCCAACACAUCACUGUGCCCAUGUAGGUGUGGCAACUCAUGCAUGUUGCUGCAACCAAUGCUAGGCCCAUAUCACACCAAGCAAUUUACAGGCAACCAGUUUCAGUCAAUCUCAAAGAAAAAAAGCAUUCACAUUUUAAUGUUCAAAUGUGUCUUGGGGUUCGUAAGACAUUGUUUGAAAACAUACUUAUUUGCUACCCAAGGGGUCCUGCAGCAUGCACUGCAGUUGGUUGCUUCCAAGUUGCCCGUAAAAGUUGCCUUGUGUGACAGGGCCUUUUAAAACACACAAAAAGUCAUGUUGCAGUAAAUGGUACGUUAAUAUGUGUGUCCUAAAGAAAUUUGUGUAGCUGGGAGGAUGUUAUGUACAGUGACAAAGGAAAUAACAAAAAAAAUAUCUCAGUAGGAUUUGAAAAAAUAUCUCCACAGAGUUUUAAACAAAUAUAAUGUAUGUGCAUUCAGGGUCGUUAUUGGUCAAUGCAAAUAAUUAGUAAGAGUAAAUAUUUCGUUCACAGUUUUGCACAUCACUUAUGGUAUAAAGACGGUCAUGGUGGCAACCUAAAAUGUUGUUUUUGAGAAAUGUCACUGUAAAAACGUUUAGUCUCAUGAUUCCCAAAUCCCAUGUUUGAAACAGUAAAGUCUUUGUUCACCAUUUUCUUGUGACUCCAUUGAUCGAUUCAGCUUAAACUUUCACAGGUUUGUCAUUUCAUGUAUUGUUGGAUCACACAAAGUUUGGGUUUGGUCUUUGACACUAACCAACGUUUGCCUUUUGCUUUAAGUGGCUUAAUAGAACAGUAUUAUUGUUAAGACCUAUUUAAUGCAAUAAAACAAUGGUUUGACUGCUCAGAAAUCUAGUCAAAUGCCUGUAUUUUUUGGAAAGAUUUGGGAAAGUGUGAUGAAAACUAUCACAACCUAUAAUAGUUGUACAUAAUCUCAUGGUUUGUUUUUUUCAGUUCAAAACAAUGAUUUCAAAAUAUAUACACCAAGCAUUAAUACUGACGUUUCUUAUUUGUAAUGUAAUUUUCUACUGUUGUAAGAUUUAUGCUCAUAUUUUGCAUAUUAUGCCACUUGUUUACUGUCUUUUUAUUUACAUUUUGUUUACAGCAUGUACAUUAUUUGGCCUACAAGGGCCAAAUUUCAUGGCUCUGCUUACCAUAAGCAAAAAAACCUGCACUAACGGAAGCAGCAAAACACGCACUAACGGGCUAUUUCACAGGUUUGCAGGGAAUUACUAGGCGUUCUUUGCUUACACAGCCAGCGCAGAAAUUUGACGCCUGCAUAGAUUAGCAAAAAGUGGUGAACUUUUGCUUGUGCAAGUGCAUGUGCAUGCGUGUACGUAGUGCAGAAAUUCGGCAAUUGCACAGAUUAGUGAAGAAUAGUGAUCGCAAGCGCAGAAUUUGGCGGAAAGCAGAGCCAUGAAAUUUUGCCCAGUUUAACAUGUCGUUAAUUUGUUGUUGUUUUUUGCAUCAGCUUGAUCUGUAUUGUAUAAGAAAAUAUUUUGCAAAGAAUUUUUUGAAAAGGAAGCAAAAAAGAGAGAAAUUGAUGUGCAAUAUAGCAGAUUUAGAUUAAUUUUGUGAAGACAGAAAUGAAACUAUUUAGAAAUUAAAAAAGAACUAAAGUAAUUUAUAGGAGAUCUAUUUAUGAUUAUAUUUGUAUUAAUUGCCUUAUAAAAUGUAUAUUGCACUAAAUUGUAAGUGACUUGUUGAGCUUAUUAUUGACCUGUCUAAUGUAUUGAAGAAAAUGGCGUUGUGAAGAGAUUUGACCUUUACAAAAUCUAGUAUGCCUGCAUGAGUUUGAAAAAUUCAAUUACUUGAUAAAAAAUACUGAAAUCCCAUGGGUGGUUAUACAAGAGAACUGUCUUGUAUUCCAGCCACACAAUCCUCAAGUCCGAGAUGGAGUUUAGCUGAUCACGCAUUGACUAUAGUCUGUGCAAGUCUCAUGCAUAUUAAAAUACCUUUGGGACCACUUUGGUCCUACUUGCUUUUCUGUUAACAUGUGAAAAGGACAAACUUGUGCACUUUAGAACAGGUCCCAAUCGUUGAAUGUGUGAGCGACCUUAAGUCUUUUGUGGGUUGGCCCUUUAGGUGGAGUCCCAACUGUAAAAAUGUAAUAAAACUGAGACUUAUGAAGGAAAUGUAUUGAUAGUGUUUGUGUCGAACUGAACUGGGUGCAUGUAAAGCUGUUAAUGUUAAUCUUAAUAAGCCAGAUAAAUAAAAGACGCUCAACUGCAAUUUGAAA